CUGCCAGGGACGCCCUCCAUACGUCCGCGCCCCCCCCCCUUGCCGUAAGCACCCUUUUCAGACCAAGCGGAAGGAGGAUUAUGCAUGUGAUCGGAAGAACAAGACGAAGAGGAACAAGAAGCAGUGGUUCGAGCUUACGAUUACAACUGGCCGUACGUAGCGUCCUUCUUGGUACUACCGAACUCCGAGCAGGCGGAGAGCGAAAGAUCGAGAAAAAGAAAAGGACCGAGAAAAAAAAGAGGUAUUUCAGCUCAGUCUAAAGGAUGACCGGCCAGACUACAAGCAGAAAAAAAACCCCCACAGACUUUUCAACUACUAGAAAGAAAAACACGGUGCCUCGCGCCGAAAUCACGCCGUCACUACACUCGUGUAGUAUGGAGCGUAACACCUACGUGGCUCUCAUUGAAAAAACAUGCCAUGUUGCACGACAGCUGUGCGUGCCAUAGCGCCACAUCGCCUACACCCAUGUGCUCUCUCCACUGUUCAUCCCCCAGACCUCCUGAAGUGAGAAUGUGCAGUGUGCGCAGUGUUGGUGUGGGUGCGCGCUUGGACCAAACGAGUCCCUGGACUUAGGCAAAAUGGAGCCCCGGCCGGCCAAAAUCCGGGGAAUCCAUGCUUAUAUCAGCAUGUUAUUCUUUACAAACGCCGGCAUGGUAAUACCGCGAGUCGUGUGUUUGAACAUGUGCAUGUGGGCGUGCCGAUCAUCCAAGUGGUGGAAUUUGUAAUGCGAGGC